AUGUUAUUGGUGCAGGCUGCUCUGCUGCUGCUCGUGCUCUGCCAGAACUUGCAACAAAGUCAUGCAGUGGUAUUCAAAUUGACAAAUGCCGUAUGCAAAACACUCAACGAAACCUGGAUUGAUUUUCCAGUCUGUCGUCUGCGUGCGGUGAAUCGUCAUAAGGUGUGUCUCAACAUUGAUGCCAUGCUGCAUCAUCCGGUGCACGAUGCAUUCAUCAAAGGCGACCUCAUGAAGAAGGCGAAUGGCUACAAGCCUUGGCUCUAUAGCGCCAACUUUGAUGGCUGCCAAUUUAUACGCCGCAGAAAUAAUCCAAUUAUACGUCUAAUCUGGGAGUUCUUUAAGGAGUUUUCAAAUAUCAAUCAUACGUGUCCCUAUGUGGGCCUGCAACGCGUCAAGGACUUUUAUUUAAAGUAUGAAAAGCUGCCCACACCCAUACCCUCUGGCGAAUAUCUAGUGCAUCUAACUUGGUUAUUUAAUAAGCGACCACAAGCUGUCACCGAUAUAUAUUUUACAUUCGUUGAGGAUUUUUAA